AUGACUCGAGGAGAAUCCACCCAGUCCAAGAUUCACUACAAGGGAAAGCAGGAAGACUUCCUUGUCUUCGUGGACGAUGUCGACACGUACAAGAAGUGGCAGAGCGACAAGAGCGUUCCUCUAGCUCAUUUCAUCUCGACUUUCCAGGUGUUUCAGACACAUCGACAAGGUGCCCAGGGAACCUUUGACUCUGCGUCAAAGAUGUCACUAGCGGCCGAGUUUGACACUGAGAAUGCCGAUGAGGCGAUUGAGCGGAUCCUUGAGAAUGGUACUAUGCAAACUAUGGAGGUAAGCCACUACACUCACCAGAUCUAA